AUGAAUGGGACUUCCACGUGUUUUACUUCCUGUAUCAUGAUCUGCUUCCCCAGGUCACCACUUUCAAACCCAGUAAAGAAAGUAAUUUUUCUGUGGAACGUUUGCUUAGGGAUGCAUGGGGUCUAUACUAUUGUCGAUACUCCCUGUGGAAAGAUGUUUGUUGGUGAGAUCGAAAACGCAUUGUGCGCGGUCUCCUUCAAUCCAGACGUCGGUAAUGCAGUCAAAACUUUGCACUUCAGCUAUCCAUUAGUACAUUUCACUGAAGGAUUUGUGUCCAAUGCAGAAAAUAUUUUGAGACUCCUUCACGGUGAAGAAUCAAUUGAAAAUGUCCGGAUCUCCGAGCUUGUUUUCAUGCGUUGUUCGGAAUUCCAAAAGAUAGUCUACGAACAGCUAAUGCGCAUUCCUCGAGGAAGCACCAAAAGUUAUGCAGAGAGUAGAAGCAAGAAGCUGAAACCUCUUACUUAUCUCACAACUCGAUAUAUAGCGAUUCAGCUUUUCAAGACAAAUAUUCGCUGGAGACGAAUCACUGAUGUAGCAUACACCCUACGUGAAUUUGUAGACCAUCUCAAGCUUCCAGCAAAAGAAAAGAGAAGUAUUCGUACGGCAGUGGCUGAAGUGCUACGAGAAGCUAGACGAUGGGAUGAAAAACACGCCGAGAUGUUUGUGGAAAGCCCGAAAGCCAAACGACGAGUCAUGAAUCGAAGUGAACAUCUGCGCACAUUUUACGAGCAUCUUCUCUGGAAGACCACAGCGACAGAAAUUGAUGACUAUGCAACUGCUCGUCAUCUCAUUGCUACGGAUUGCUCGAACUGGCCCCAGAUGCAGUUCCAGCUGGCUUGCAUGUACGCCGCCACAGACUGGAUUGAGGACGAUAUACGUUUCGAUAAAUAUCGUCGGAUCACGUUCAAAAAACAAUUGUCGGAUCAUCCUGUUUACGACUUUUGGCUCACUCUUUUAGAAAGUAAUUGGGAAGUGUUCUUCGAUACAGAGACGCGAGUACCAAACCAGAAACUCAUGCAAUGUUUCCAAUUUGCCAUUCGUCAUGGCUAUUGUCAACUGGUCGAAUACAUAUGGGACAGGAUCGGUGACAAUACAAGAGAAUACAUAGGUCUCCUCCAAUGGCGUUCGCUUUGUUUUCGUACAAGAGACAGAGACACAAUGCGCUUCCUGUGCACCAGAUUAUGCUCAAUGAAUCCCGUGGGAGUGGCUAGGAUCUCAUGGACCGCAUUCUUUGAUACAUUCUACAACUCAGUCAACAAUGAGCAAAGUGACAUUGUUGUGGAGCACAAGUUUCGAAAGCGUUUGGAGUUUUUGAUUGAAAAUUGUUGUCCUGAACUUAGGAAGCGUCUGCUGAAUAUGGAAAACUUCAGGAUAGUCUCCGAUGCUUUUCGUUACAAUCAAAAUGAGACAUUUGCGUUUUUAUUGAAAUACAUGGAUGGUGAUCAGCUAAGAGAUGCCAGAGAAGUGAUUGAUCGAAUUCACGACCGGCUAAAAAACGCAAAUGGAGAUCGCCUCCGCCAUGUGAUGAUCCGUCGGCAAAUGACUAUCGACUAAAAUUCAUAUUUCAUCGAUGAGUGCAAUGCUUUUCACUCAGUUCUCAAACAACUCCCGUGAUAAUUCAUCUACAUAUAUUUGUUGUACAUAGUUUAUGUAGUCAAUUGAGCUCUAGUUCCAAAGAUCUCAGCGCAAUUAAUCACGGGUUAGCAAUGCUUUGCAAAUUGAAACAAUUGAUUCGUCAAUGAACUGGUAUUAUUUUGGUGAAUAAAUAUAUUUU